CACUCGCUUGCUCUAAUAAAACUAAUUUGUCCUGUCUUGCUUUUGCUUGCGCGUUGUUGGAGUUCAGUGGCAUUGAUUGUCGUCGUCGCGGCAUAGACUUCCCUUGUUCGUCACUAUUCAAUUUUUCAUCUGAUAAUUUGCCUUUUAUCCUCCGCAAUUCGUCAUGUCUCCCGCCAUUGCUGCACCCGCGAUCCCCGGAUCCGCGUCAAAAGAUUUCAAGAAGGAGUCCACCACGGCCCGUUUGUUGGGUUCAGGUUCUGCUGGUAUUGCUGAGCUGGCUGUCUUCCACCCGGUCGACACCAUUGCCAAGCGUUUGAUGAGCAACCAGGCGAAGAUCAGCUCCCGUGCGAAACUUAACGAAGUUAUCUUCAGGGAGAAGGCACACGCUCCUGUUGGCACCAAGUUCUUCUCUCUAUUCCCCGGUCUCGGAUAUGCUGCGGGUUACAAGGUUAUGCAACGUGUGUACAAGUAUGGCGGUCAACCGUUCAUGCGUGACUACUUGGCCAAGAACCACGGUGACAAGUUCGACAAUGCUUUCGGAAAGGGCACCGGCAAGGCCAUUAUGCACGCUACUGCCGGAAGUCUGAUCGGUAUUGGAGAGAUUGUCCUCCUCCCCUUGGAUGUUUUGAAGAUCAAGCGUCAAACAAACCCUGAGGCUUUCCGCGGCCGUGGUGUCUUCCGCAUCGUCGCUGAUGAAGGUUUCGGUCUCUACCGAGGCUGGGGUUGGACCGCUGCCCGUAACGCCCCUGGAUCUUUCGCUUUGUUCGGUGGUUCCGCUUUCGCCAAGGAGUACCUGUUCAAUUUGAGCGACUACAACAAGGCCUCAUGGUUCCAAAACUUUGUUGCUUCCAUCGCCGGUGCCUCCGCCUCUUUGAUCGUCUCUGCUCCUCUCGACGUCAUCAAGACCCGUAUCCAGAACCGCAACUUUGAGAACCCCGAGAGCGGUUUCCGCAUUGUCAGCAGCAUGGUUAAGAACGAGGGUGUUACCAGCUUCUUCAAGGGUCUCACGCCGAAGCUGCUCAUGACUGGUCCCAAGCUCGUCUUCUCGUUCUGGCUCGCCCAGACCUUGAUCCCUGCUUUCGACAAGCUCAUUUAAAUGACAGCUUUAUGCUGAAUUCCUUUCCAAUUCCAACACAUCCACGACUCGGACGCUUGUAUGCGACGCUUGUUGCACAGCUGAUGACUUGCACAACGGACCUCAACGUAUUUUCUGAAACGGCCGCAUAGACCGACUAUAUAGAGAAUGCGUCGUACGACAAGCGAUCACGAAAGUCCGCAUUUCCACCUAAUGUAACUUCUCAGCUAUAGAAGAGCCGGGCUCGAUAUAGGCUCCUGGCCCCCCUUCCCCUGUCGAGACUAUACUCCAUUUUUCUUCUUCCUUUUCUUAGACAUGAUUAUGUCCGGGUAGAUUUGCGGGAGCAUAAUUUAGACCGUUUUUGUAUUUUUUAUAUUUCUUGUUUUAGUCUCUUCAAGCGUUUUGUU